AUGGAGUUGGGAGCUGACGGGGCCGUUGUCACUGAUUCAGGUGGGACCAAUGACAGUGAUGCAAACGGUUUACCUGAGGGUGCUUUGGAAGUUUCAAUUUCUCCGAACACGUCUGUAAGCGUCGUUGAUACAUCUAUUGGAAAUGAUCCUGAAGUGGAUAACAGUGCCAACGCUGAUAAGUCUUCUAUGAGGGAUGAUUUUGCAGACGUAGCGAUUGGUAAAUUUGGUGACGAGGAGGAUACUGAUGAGGAUGAUGAUACUGUUAAUGUAAUAAUUAAACCUUCAAAGGGGAGUAUCUACAAAACUGGUACAACUUAUCAAGCACGAUCCCAGCAGGCUGGUGCUCAAGGCCAGAAGACGUUAAGAGCAGGGAUAAACAUAAACGACCCUGGAGGUAUACAAGGUGUCCCUACAAUAGAGUUUAAUAUUUCGUCGUUGGGCGAAGAUGACAAACCUUGGAAAAGGCCUGGUGCUGACAUCACUGAUUAUUUCAAUUAUGGAUUUACAGAAGAUACGUGGAUGCAGUAUUGCGAAAAACAAAAGAUUCUUCGCCAGGAAUAUGCUAACACAGCUCUUAAGCCUGUCCUGGUUGGUACUGCUACGGGUUUUGGCCUGACAAAUAUUUCUUCUGGAAGCCAUCGAGCGGGCAUGCGGUUUCCUCAGCAGCAGCAACUUCAGAACAAGGACAUACAUGUUCUUAGCGGUCGUGGUCGUUCCCCUUCAGUUAGUGAUGAGGAAUUGGAAAAGCGAAAUGGUCUUUUGGGGCCCGGUCAGGCUUUUAACAUUCCCCCUCCGUGCUUCGCUCCGCCUGCCGCUGGAGAUGCCCUCAGUCAUUUCGGGAACGUUGCUAAUGCUUUAAAUUUUCCGCCACCUGGAUUUACGAACACUUCUGUACCACCUCCUCUUCUUGGAUCAGGAUUCAGUUCUCAGCAAUCAGGUCAUCAAUGGCCACAGUCCAACAUUGGGGGUGGACUGCUUCCUCUAUUUCCUACUCAAUCUGUUCGGUCGACUGGCGGAAGAAAUCAUCACUCAGAUAAUCGGAGGGACAGAACCCCAGAAAAUCAGUUUUCGGAAGACGAGUCGAACGAUUGUCGUCGCUCCCGCUAUCGCGGUGAGGAAGAGCAGGAAAGUCGCUACGACCGAGAUCAUCGUACCACUCGUCGCAGUCGAUCGCGUAGUCGGGACUACCACUAUGGAGGACGCAGUAGACGUUACCAUGAUGAAUCCUCUCGAGACUUCGUUCGCCAUGGUGAACGCUCGUCUCGGAGACGCAUAUCACGUGAGCGUCGUCGGGACCGAUCACGUGAGCGGUCUCGUGAAAGAGACCACUCAUUGGUGCCCUCGGUCAGUUCAGGUAAUGUUCCUGCAGGCGCCACUACAGGAUCUGCAGCCGAAUUUGGUGUUUCGCGCUCCACUCGAUCUGGCGAGUCGAGACGACGCAGCGAGAGAGAAUCUCAUCGUAGUCAUCACCGUCACCGCCGCACCUCUCGUCAUCGUUCUCCCUCAUGUCAGUCAUCCCGAGCUGAACCCACUGAACCCCUAACUUCACAGCUGUCUGUAGUCCCUUCUCAGUCCAUUGAUCCUCUCGAAGCCGCAUCAGCUGCUGCCGCUGAUAUAAGCGAAAAAAUACGUCGGGCUAGUGCCGGCGAUAUUGUGUCUGGUUAA